AUAAAUCACCAGGGAACUGACAGCAAGACCAAAGAGCAACUUCAACAUUCAUCAAACCGUUUGAGCAUCAAGAAAACAAGGAACACAACAACAAACGAUGGCUCGAUGGCUGUUUCCAAGAUGUUACGCUGUACUGACAGAUUCUGGGGGACGUGACUGGGAAAGUAACGUUUAGCACAGUUUCUAGCUUACUUAAAGAUUAGCAUUCCGGCUAGCUGUGUAUGUUUGUCAUUAAGAGUUGAAAUAGUGUCAGAGAUGAACGAUAACAUCACAGUUUGUGAGCUACAGUGUCAGACACGGCGGCUGCCUGACUGGAAGGCUACACCAGGCAGCUACUCGGCUAACUGGGCAUAGCUACAAGGCAGCUCAUUUUCAAACUACACCCUCUUUUGGAUUUGGCUGCAAAGCUGUUUAUCCCUGAAACUACAAAAGUGUUUUGUGGACUCAAACACUUCCCUCACCCCUCCAUCGGCAUAGUGGUGAGUAAAUAAAGAGGGAAUUUUGUUUGUUUGGGUCAACUAUCCCUUUAAAAGCUUGAUAAAGAAAGGAGAUGUACCCUCUCUUCCCCAUGUCGUCACCAGGAUGCACAGUGAUGCCAUUCCCUUUACAACCUUUCAAUAAAACUGAUAGAUGAGUAAUAUUGUCUCUUUCCCCCCGAUCCAUAUCCACAGUCCCCAUAUCUGCCUUUUCCAAUCAACAUGUGUCAAGAGGUUGAUGACUUGUCUGUCUUAUAGUGGAUGAAUGUGAAGGUCAUCUUACAGACUGUCUGACUGUCAGACAUGUGGAUUGAAACCCCAGCUGGUCUGUAAAUCUUGCAUGGGAGAUAGAAUACUCUGUUUUUAAUUUAGUUUAAUUGAUGGAAAGUGUGGUUUCACCCUGGAAACAGGAUUAAGUGACCGAUCAUGAAUGUUGGUGCAUAUUAGGAUCAAGGGAUGGAUUCAGGAACUUGUCUUAACUUCCAUGUGCAAUGGGCUUGCUUCCUGCUCUUGGUGAAGUACUUUACAUUAUACUCAUUGACAACGUUGAGAAAAGCCUGUCUGAACAUGCAUGUGCUGCUCCCGGCUCUCGGGGCAGCAUGAACCAUGAGCUGAUCUGCACCCUGACAACCGGCCCCUACGUACUUGACAUCCACGCCUUUUAUGUAAGAGGGACGGAGCGCUGUGAUUGGUUGAAGGGAGAGAUGCCGUCGAGCAGCCGGAAGAUUAUCACUUCAGCAGUCAGUACGCACGAGCUUUGCAGAGUAUAGCACGCCGGUCGUAUUCUGAGCAGAAGAAGACGAACACUGGACAUUUCCAGACACAGAAGCGAGACAAAGUCAGAGAGACUCCUGUGGACUGUUCCCUCAUCAACUACGACACGAGAAGCCGUCUGCGGGUGAAGUUUCUUCAGCCAUGUCGGUGAACAUUCACGUGAACAGCCCCAAUGUGAGCUACACAGAUACUCACAUCGUGGCUCAGUAUCCCUAUCACACCACCUCAGUGAUUAGGGAGGGGAACAACCUGACGGUGACCCCCAAAACCACUGAGAUGACGUUUCGCACUGAGAAGCGUGUGCCCCGGCUUGGUGUGAUGCUGGUGGGCUGGGGUGGCAACAACGGCACCACAGUCACAGCAGCUGUACUGGCCAACAAGCUGGGCCUCACCUGGAGGACCAAGACUGGAGUGAAGAAAGCAAAUUACUUCGGCUCCCUUCUGCAGGCUUCUUGUGUUUGCGUGGGAUCAGGUCCUGAGGGCGACGUCAACGUGCCCUUUCGUGACCUCCUGCCCAUGGUGCACCCUGAUGAUAUCGUCUUUGAUGGCUGGGAUGUGUCCUCUAUGGAUCUGGGUUGUGCGAUGGAGAGAGCUCAAGUUCUCGAAUGGUCCUUACAAGAGCAGCUGCUACCACUCAUGAGCCGCAUGAAACCCAGACCGUCCAUCUAUAUCCCAGACUUCAUUGCUGCAAACCAAGAGAGCAGAGCUGACAAUGUCCUCCCUGGGACCCUGGCAGAGCAGGUGGAGCAGAUCAGAGCCGACAUAAGGGACUUCCAUCUUUCGAGUGGUGUGGACAAAGUUAUCGUUCUGUGGACAGCGAACACUGAGCGUUUCUGUGAUAUCAUACCGGGGGUCAAUGACACCGCCAAGAACCUGCUAGCUGCAAUCAAGACUGGAGCUGAGGUUUCUCCCUCCACUCUUUUUGCAGUUGCAAGCAUACUGGAGGGCUGCGCCUACCUCAAUGGUUCCCCGCAAAACACUUUCGUCCCAGGGGCAAUCGAGCUGGCGAUACAGAAGGGCGUGUUCAUUGGAGGGGACGACUUCAAAUCCGGUCAGACCAAGAUCAAGUCAGUGCUGGUGGACUUCCUGGUCAGCGCAGGGAUCAAGCCGACCUCUAUCGUCAGCUACAACCAUCUCGGCAACAACGAUGGUAAAAACCUGUCUGCUCCGCAGCAGUUCCGCUCUAAGGAGAUCUCCAAGAGCAACGUGGUGGACGACAUGGUCCAGUCGAACCCCAUCCUGUACCAGCCUGGAGAGAAGCCUGACCACUGUGUGGUGAUUAAGUACGUCCCUUAUGUGGGGGACAGCAAGCGUGCCAUGGAUGAGUACACCUCUGAAAUCAUGAUGGGCGGGCACAAUACCAUUGCUAUGCACAACACCUGUGAGGACUCCCUGCUCGCAAGCCCCAUCAUCCUGGACCUGGUGAUCCUGACAGAGCUUUGUCAGCGUGUGACUGUGCGGCCUCAGGGGGAGGAGGACUUCCAGUCCUUCCACAGUGUCUUGGCACUACUCUCCUUCCUCUGCAAGGCCCCACUGGUCCCGAAAGGCACCCCAGUCAUCAAUGCCUUCCACCGCCAGAGAGCCUGCAUAGAAAACGUUAUGAGAGCGUGCCUCGGCCUCCCUCCUCAGAAUCACAUGCUUCUGGAGCACAAGCUGCAGAGAACCUUCCUGCCUCCACCUUCCACCUACAUCAACGGCGAAGUAGCGGCUAAGAAAAAAGCUGUCUUCACAAACGUGAACCACAGUGCAACAAAUGGCUUCCAUGCAAAUGAUGAUGCAUAUGCAUUAUGAUUACAGAAACAAUACUACUGUCAUAAAUACAACGGUAACUGAAACAAAAUGAAAACCUUGUUUGUAAAAGAACAAAGGCCCUUAGUGAUCAAGCUGUCAUCACAAAAAACAAGUUCGCUAUCAUCUUAACAUUUAGAUGAGAUGCAUUUAAUAUCAUGGGUAUUCUGAGCAUGUUGUCCUGUUAGAGAUAGACAUGAUUUUAUGCAGAAUUAACCAUUUAAUGAUUUUAACCGAUAGGUUUUGUAUUAUUUACAGUUUUUUUUGUAGGUGUUUGUAACUUUAUUCAAGAAGUAAUUCAUCUGCAAUAAAUAAAUGUACUGUACAUUUUCUUGAUGAAUGAGCGGCAUCUUUGUAUCUUGUGCUACUGUAAAUCAUUGCCUGUUUGCUUUCUCCAAAUGUUUUUGUGAGGAUGAACUGUAAUGUUAAAGAGUAACUUGGCUUACUUAUAUUCAGCCAUCCAUUUUCUGUUGUUUGUGGACGACAGGUGAGGCAUUCUAAAUACUAAUACAAAAUAAACAUUUAGGUAUUGUUGUUUGAAGUGAUAUUAA